AUUAGUAACGUGUUUCCACCGUCGAGGGUCUGCUGUCGCCGCGCACGGGCAGGAGAUUCUCAUCUGUGCGACAGCGCGGUCACGUCGCCGUAGCGCACAUCCCACGUCAACGGAAUGGAUAGAGCAGAGUCAAUUACUACAGCUGUAUCAACAUCCGAGGGCUCCUCUCACGGACCUGCGAUCCCACGGCUUCCUGUGGAGGUCUGUGAACGGAUCAUCGACUACGUGGCUGCGGGAUGGGAUACGGGUUAUCCUAUUGCAAAGGGCGAGCCACAUCUGACCACUCUCACAUCCUGCGCGCUCGUAUGCCAGGACUGGUACUUCCUGACGUGGUACCAUCUUCGUCAACGCAUCCAUCUACGAGACCGGACGGACGUCCUCUCGCUCUCCAAGACGCUCCGCGCAAAACCUCGCCUCCGUGAGGUCAUUCAACAGGUCGUCAUAUCGGGUGCUUCUCCCGGGAAGCGUCAAGCAAUCCCGCACCUGGGGACGUUUGCCGCUAUGCUCGCGGGCAAGGCUCCGAGGUUGUCGAGGAUCACCAUUGAAGAUGCUGAGUGGACCAUCGGCUCGGUCCGAAUGGAGGAUAUCGGCUUCCUAGGGGUGUUCAGCUACAUCGACACUCUAAACAUCUCCAAGGUCACCUUGUCGAGCGUCGCCCAGCUGUCCCACCUCGUUUCAGCACUCCCGCGGCUUAGGAAAUUAUGGUGCUUCGAGGUUGACUGCUUGCAGAAACAGCACGUCUCCCCGGCCUCUCUCCCCCUGAACUGUGCAAAUCUGGAGCAUCUCGACGUGCGAUGGGUUGCACCAGCAGUCGAAGACGUCUUUGUGCACAUCAGCCGGGCUUCUCGAGUGCGCAUUCUCGAACUUGGGGUGCCCAACGAGGUGAAUGCAUCCUCGGCAGCCAGCAGAAGCCAGACUAUGCUGGAUGCGAGUUCCACGUCUGCAGAAUUAGUUCAGCUCCAUAUUGCCCUCAGUUCUCCUGUUCGUGAUGAUGCAAUUGAUGCCACAGUCGAGCGACAUUGCAACCUGUCACACCACGACCACCUGCGGAGGUUGGAUAUCCACCUGUGGUACCCCUUUGCAGACUGGCUAUGGAUCCCGCACAUCCUGUCUCGCAUCGUCUCGAAACACUUCCAAGCUAUGGCCAUUGUGUUAUAUCUUCUGAUAGACCAGAUGGCCGAAGACCUGGACGGACUGCUGACGACAAUGGAGCAGGAUGAUGUCCUGGUGCGAUUGGACUAUACACUGCAGGAGAAGCGCUUCUCUGGUACUAUUGCGUCGCGUGGCUUCUGUAUAGGCAUUCACGACGAAGAAACCCUUUGGAUGUCUGGCACUGAGCUUAGUGGGAUGGGUUCAGCAAAACGAGAACGAUACGAUCGGUGGGACGAGCUCGUCAGGCGGAAGAUGCCACACUCGCAUGGACGAGGUAUAUUGAGGUAUGUAGUACUAUGGAGUUGGUCAAAUCGCGAAGGAAAGCUGAGAGUCCCUCGGAGCACUGUGCAUAACUUCCUAGAAUUCAUCAGCUGGAUCCAGGACAUGGAAGAGAUACAUCGUCAGAGUAUGCAAGCUGAACAGAAGAACACCGCUGGGGAGGAUGCGCACCCCCUAGCCAAAGGUCCUCAAGGCAGCACGGACUAACAUCCUUGCAACCCUUCAUCCUGGCUCGUAUCGUCGCAUGGAGUUCGUGAGUAGCCUUAGGACCAUCAUCGUGAGGCCUUUCUGCUAAUUUGUUGCGCGGUCC